AUGUCAAAUUGGGACUUUGGAUAUUUUUUUGGUGAAAUUUCGAAUGAGUCAUAUGUCUCCGAAAGCGUUUGGUUACCCGGCGUUGAUCGAGGUCGUAGAGGAGGCGGGACCAUCUUACGUGGCUCAAAGCUAUCCGCAACAGGAAAAACAUGCAUAUGGGACUUACCAUUCCCAUCAGGAAAAACAACGCAAGCUGAAAAAGUCCGAGGAAGGUGCUUUGACAUCGAGGAAGACGAGAACGAAAUCGAGAAAGGUGUUACACACUUCGAGGAAAGUGAUCAAGACGAGGAAGAUGGUGGUGGCUGGGACGAUGGUGGUGGCUGGGACGAUGGUGGUGGCGGGGACGAUGGUGGUGAAAAGGACGAUGGUGCUAAUGACCCGAAAAAACAAGGAAAGGUAUUUGCGACACUUCACGAGUUAAAGAAUUGGGCUUACAAAACAGAAAUUGCGAAAGGUUACGUCAUUGUGACCCAACGAACGGUAACAAAAGGUGAAGAUUCGUCAGCAAGGAUAGUGAAGAUAUGGUUGCAAUGCGACCAUGGAGGCACAUGCAAAAGUAAAGCAACAGUUCGGCGUUCUGGUAGCAAGAAGAUUGGGUGUCCUUUUAAAAUGAUAGGGAAACUAGACGCAAGUAGUGGCAAUUGGAGCUUAGUGGUGAAGCAAAAGGAUCAUAACCAUGAGCCUGCGGUAUUUCUCGAGGGUCACGCGUUUGCAAGAAGGUUGACCCCAGACGAAGAAUUAUUGGUAGAGAGACUUUAUAUUCAAAACAUGGAGCCUACGAACAUACAUUUAACCAUAAGAAAACAAAACCCACAGAGCGUGUGCAUUCUACGAGACAUACAAAACGUGAUAAAAAAGAUUAAAGUCAAAAUGUACGGUGAUCGGACUCCAAUGCAGAUAUUGGAGCAAAUGUUGCAUGAAGGAAGGUAUGUUUACCACACCCGGGUGAAUCCCGAAACAAAUGCGGUCGAGGAGGUUUUUUUUGUUCAUCGGAUAACUUCUUGUGGGUCCUACAGAACCUCAAAGGAUUGUUGGAAGAGGGUAUGGAACCGCGCAUGA